UCCCUAAGCUCCUCUUCGUUCCUACUCCUCCCUCUAGUCCUCUUCCUACUCCCGACACCGACAGCGGACAGCCGAGUUUGAGUCCCGCUUCUCUCACCGCUAGCCACCUGGCCCACCUCCGCAGUCCGCAGCCCGCUCCCAGGACCCGGCCUCCCACAAUCCCACUCCUAGACUCCCACAGCAUGCCCAGCGGCCUCAUCUCUGGCGGAAAAGUCUACGGCAUCGCCGGUUGUAUUAAGUUUCUGGAGUCCUAUUAUUUGAUUCUUGUGACCAAGAUGAAGCAUAUUUUGAGCAGACAAUUUUUUGAAUGGUUAAUGGCAAUAUCUGAGGUGAAGGAGAACUUACAUAAAGAUUUAAAUAAGGAGCCAACAGAAGGCGAAUUGGCAGCUACAGUGAACAUGACUGUGUCGGAAUUAAGAAAACAUAUAGAGGUUGGUCAAGCAGCAAGGAACAAACUAAUCAAGGUACGGCCCUGAGUUCAUCGCCGCCUUCGUCGAAGUUCACCGCCGCCUCCGUCGGAUCUCGCCGCCUCUCCUCAUCCUCCUCCCGCUCAACGAGGAGGAUCAUGAGAUCGAGUUGCAGGAACAUUUCAAGGAGAACUUUGAUAAGGCUUCAAUUAUCUGUCCUGAGUGCGAGGUGGAGGCUUUAGGGGGUUAUGCUAGUAAUACUCCAGAGCAUUUUAGUGCCAAGAUAAACAGAUUGAAACAGAGGCUUCAGCGUGAAAACAUGAGGUUGGACACAGCUGAACGAUAUUGCUGAUAGGAGGGUACAUUUAUAGUAGUUAACUUUAUUUGAAUUUUCUUUCCAAAUAUGACGAAUCCAUUGACGAUCUCAGAGUCAUGUAUGAGAAAAAGGAGCGUAAAAUUUUAAAAAGACAACAAAUGUAUUCAGCUUUCCGUAACAAGUUAAUUGUAAGUUCCUAGCUCCUCAAUGGUAAGACUAGCAUCUUAGGGCUUUGAUGAUGAGCUUCACCUUACUUUUUAAUGCUAGCAAUUACUUGUUGUAUAGAUAUUGAGCCUGUACAUUUUGACUCUUUUUGGAUGAUAUUCUAUUUCAUUUUCAACCUUAAUGAAACGACAAUCUGGCUAGAUCUAUCUUGUUCAUCCAAUUUUCUGGAAAAACAAAAAUAAUUAGGAAGCUCUUCACUGCAUAAUGCACAAACUUUUAUAGCUAAUAGCUUGGGCAUCAUUUAAACUGAAGCAUCUAAAGUCUGACGACUAGAGCUUUUCAUAGUCCUUUCCACUCCCCUAACCAUACUAUGAUAUACAUUCCAGUUCUUUGAUCCCAUUAACUCCAUUGACAUUGUCUUAUAGGUUUUUUAUCUUUAGGGGACUAUUUUGAAUGUUUUUUCCACCUUUAACAUCAGAAGUGUAACUCAUACAGGUUUGAAGACAUUUGGCAUCAGAAGUGUUUCAAAUACAUACUUAAUGUUCUUUUUAUCUUUCUAGUUCACAGCCAAAUAUCCUCCAUAAAUCUAUAAUCCAAAAAUUGAAUCACUAUUUGAAUGUUCUUUUUAUCUGUGCAAUGAAUCAUGGAAUUCGGCUAAUGUUUGCCAGAGUAGCAUGUUUUGCUCAGCUUGGUGGGGAGAAUCAGUUACACUCGGGUAUGUAGAAUUUGCUCUAUUCAGUACAUUUCUCUGGAUGUUGUUGUUCUGGAUUUGUUUCCUAUGGCCUAGACGGGGAAAUGCUUUCCGGGAGACUGUCUUGCUGUUAUUGGUUUUGCUGAACAUUCCUACCAAGAAGUUCCUGUCCUACACUGUAUGCGAGAGACAAACACUGUUGCAGAUGCACUAUCUAAACUGGGCCAUGUUCUUCCUCAAAUCCAUUUGUUCUUUGUAAUUAAUGAUACAAAUUUGAUAUUGUUGUUUCUAGUUUUCUUGUUGUAAUCUGUUUUUGAGAGACUUUAUGUACUUGGGUAUGCAAGAGGAAGUUUGUAAAUUAACGCUUUUAGCGCUCAAGGGGAAAUGGAAAAAUAGACUUUUAUGUUGAUGUGAA